GUAGUUUAAGAUCUUCAAUAACAAAUGACUGUUUGAAUAAAAACAGCAGCAGCUCUGAGACACUUUAAUAAAGCUGAAAACGAGCUGCUUUCUGUGUCCCUGCAGCUGUGAUGGAAGAAAAGUGUGUGACAUAAAUAUGAACAUCAUCAGUGCUUCUGAUCCCGGCGUCUGCACCUACCUGGACACCACCUACACCUGCGUCCCAGAGAUCCACAGUGUAACAUGUGAAGGAUCUCAGGCGAACCUUCAGUGUGGUGAAGGACAGGUUAUAGUCGUCUCCUGGGCGAAUUAUGGUCGCCGUGACAACACCACGUGCCCUGAUGGAAAUUCUGAUCACGUCAAAAAUGUUCACUGUUCGAGUCCCAAUAGUAGAGAAUAUGUAACUAACAGGUGUAACUGGCAGAACAACUGUAGUGUUGGAACAUCAAACACAGGGUUUGGAGACCCCUGUAGUGGCACCUACAAGAGUCAGGGUAAGUAACUCAAACAAUAAAGU